AAGUGCAUUGUAGAACUGGUUUUGAUUUUGAACUUGGAAAAAAUAAAUGUGAUGGAGCGAAGACAGAAUCAAACUCCACAAGGCCAAAUAGCUAGGGUUUUGGUUGAAUUUUUGGAGGUGGCUAUUACUGAUGUCGUUUUUCUCAAAGGGGUUUAUCCUUCUGGUUGUUUUCUUUGUGGGUGUGGAAAAGGUGCCUUUGAGCGGAGAAGGUAUAUGAAUGUGGUGGUUCAAAGGGCUCGUCAUCCUCAGCUUAGAUAUUACAUACAUGCUACUGUUUCAGGGCUUCUACCCUUUAUAGAAAAGGGAAUGGUGGAAAGAGUAGCAGUUAUUUUCUUCAAUGCUGACAAUGUUCCAUUGGAAAAAUUCGUAUUCAAGCUUACAGUGAACCAAUCUUAUGGUUCAGAAGUGGAAGAGGUUGAUCUUGAGCUCUCUCUCAGAUCAUUUCUGAUCAAACUGUCAAACUCAGAAUCUCUUUCUAAAGGGAUUCCUCCUGAUAGCAGGUGGGAGAUAACUGCUUACUUUCGAUCCCUUCCAGAAACUGGUACAAGCAAGGAAGCAGACUUGUGGAUCCCAACUGACACAAAACAGUGGCAGCAGCCUCCACUUAUCACCCCUAUCAAGUCAAUGAGUAGUGAACCUCUGUGUUUGCAAUUGUACUUGGAGCAUCAAAGUUUAUCAGAAUCAUUGCUUUGAGAAGGGAACUCAAAGCCAAAGUACAUAUGUAAACAUGUAUGAAAAUCGCACUAUCUCUUUACACAUCUGUGUACACAUGCAAUGGUCAUGUUUUGUGGCUAGUGGUUGGAAAGCAUGUUUUCAACAUCUGUGGAAUAUUUGAAAGAACUGUUUACAAGCACUAGUGCUUUGGAUUGAACUCUUCCCAAUGAAAAAUUGCUUACCUUUUUUAUGUGAUUUGAAGGCGGGGAAGAUAGAGAGAAUUAUAGUAAUGUAUUCUAUGGAUGAUGGACAAUGUAAAAGCAUCAUGAUUAAUGGUGUCUGUUUUUAUCGGUCCAAAUGGUGUGGCUUGAACAUGCUGUAGAGCUCUUACUUUGGACACUUCAUGGUCACAUCUUUUCCUCAGCCAUUUUUUCUUGCUUAUUGGCAGACAUUAUUGCACAAUUUUCUCUCAUUUUCGAGGAUUUUUCUUGGUCUGCUGGCUUGGUCAACCAUAAGAUUUUUUUAUCAUAGUAGUUUCCUUUAGUUCCUCACCCUAUUAAUUCAAGUGGAGAAUCCAUGACCAUGGCCAACCCUAUUCAAUGUACUUGUCUUAGCCAUAAUCAGAAGAUUGGUAUUGUUUCAUAGUCUUGAACCUAUGUCUCUGGUUUACAUGACAAGAGGUAAACAUUGUAUCUAAGAGGUUAUGAUGUAAAACUGUAAUGACUUUCAUCUACAACACGCCCUUAAAAGUUUUCAAGAAAUUUUUAAUUACACAGCUGAAUUUUAUUAUGUUUAAGAUCUCAAUAUCCAAGCUUUAAAUUUAGUUGUCGUGAAUAGUAAUUAUAUUAGUAUAUUAAGGUUUCUUUAUAAUUGUGUUAUGAGUUAUGAACUUUGAGCAUUACUUUUUAAAAUGUUUGAGCUGAAUAAUGGUCCCUCUAAAUUAUCAACUCUUUGUUAAAGGCAUUAUUUCCCAUGUACCAAAAAGAAUAUCAAUGUACAAAAAAAAAAAAAGGCAUUCUUCCUAAAUAAUGGAAUGAAUGAAUAAACGAGUCCAUUCAAUGAAUCUAAAGUUGGGAUUUUCACACAAGGGUUCAAUAAUGAUAUUCAUCCUUAACUUACACACACACACACACAAAAAAAAAAAAAAAAAAAA